AUGCUCGCAAUUGCUGCCAUCUUCACCAUCUUGGUCGUCCUGGGAAUAGGUCUUCUAAGAUGGAGACAGAGAACCUUUUCCUACUUCAAAGAUCUUGGAAUUCCUGGACCCAAGCCAAGCCUGCUAUGGGGCAACCUGUGGGAAUACCACGAAAAGGGUUUGUUCCGGGCUCUGGAUAAGUGGUGCAAGGAAUACGGCGAUAUCUUCGGGUUUUACAAUGGAGACGUUCCAAUGCUUGUUGUGAAAGACCUCGAGUUUCUGAAGUACGUCUUCGUCAAAAACUUCCCCAACUUCACUGAUCGUGCCGUAACUAUGAGGACGGACGAAAUGCACCCAAUCGUCGGCCAAAGUUUGAUUCACGCAAAGGGCUUCAAGUGGAAAAGCAUGCGCUCUUGCGUGACGCCCUGUUUCACCACACUCAAACUCAAGCUGAUGUUGGAUCACAUCGCUGAAGUUAGCGACGUGUUCAUGGACGUACUCGGCAAGAAAGCCGACCUUAGCAAAGAGAUAAACGUGCGGGAGACAAUGCAGGGUCUCACGAUGGACUACCUCGGUCGGGCGGCGUUCGGACUCGACACCAGCUUUCAGAGGGACUUGAACAACCCAUUUCUUGUUACGGCCAAGCGAACGCUGAGGGAAAUUAUGACCGGACCCUUUCACAUGUUGGCACAAAGCACAACGUCACUCGGCGUACUGGCUGCUCCGAUCUUUUGGCUGAACCGGAUAUUUGGGACCUUCGCGUUUCUCAGGUACUCGGAAGAAACGGCAAAGGUGAUCGAGCUUCGCAGGAAAAAUCCAGAGUUACGAAAGAACGACCUUCUCCAGAAUCUCAUCGAUGCUGAAUAUGAGGACCAGGCGACAACGCAGACAUCCUCGGAUAAAACUACAAACGGAAGCGCAAAAGGUUUUCAUAAGGGCAGGACGUUAUCAUCCGAAGAAGUAAUCCAGAACAGCACAAUCCUGUUCGUUGCAGGGUUUGAAACAACAGCAGCGGCGUUGUCUUUUCUUACGUUCGCUCUCGGCAAGCACCAGGACGUGCAAGAUAAGGUUCGACACGAAGUACAAGCGGUUCUCAACAACCAUGGGAAGCUAGACUACGAGACAGUCACCCGAAAGAUGAAGUACGUCGGGCAGGUGAUAAACGAGACACUGCGUAUCUGGCCUCCCGGCCUUACAUUUACCACGAGGCAGGCAAAAGAAGACUUUGAGUACAAGGGCAUCAAGUACAAGGCCGGGACGUGCAUCAUGUCUCCGACUCUCCAGAUUCAUAGGGACGAGCGCUUCUUCCCAGAUCCCAUGAAGUUUGACCCUGACAGGUUCAGCGAAGAAAACGAAGACAGCAUCUCGAAGAUCGCUUUCCAGCCUUUUGGCAUGGGACCCCGAAACUGCGUGGGAAUGAAGCUUGCUCUGCUCGAAGUCGCCUACACCAUUGUAAAGAUGACGCAGCACUUCCGUUGGGAACUCGGCGACUCACAGCUGGGAGAAAUGCCAAUGGAACAGUACGGAGCGUCGUCCACGCCGGCAAGAGGACCGUGGAUCGUCUUCCAUAAAUUGUGACCACAAGAUGGCGCAACGCUCAAUGA